AUGUUAAUAACAAAGUUAUUUAAAAAAAAAUCGGGGAGUUCAUUGAACUCUUUAGAAAAUGUGAAUUCUAAGAUUGAUCACUUAUUUGAACUUAAAAAAAUGGUAAUGGAAAAGUAUAAAAGUAUGAUGAAAUUAAAAAAAAACGAACAAGAUCAAAUGGAAAGUAGAAUUUUAAUAGAGUCAUCUUUCAUUAAUGAUUCUUGUUUUUUGCCUCCACUUAUAACUAAUAAGAAAACAGGAACCAAAAUUACAAAAUUAACAAAGUUAGAUCAUAACCAAGUACAAUUCUUGUUAUUAAUGAUCCUGUACAAUCAGCCACUAUCAUUUCAGGAAAAUAUAAUUGAAAGGAAUAAUGAAAUUUGUUUGAAGGGACAAUAUAUAUUAAUAGUAGAGCAAAUGGUAAAAAGUUUAUUAUUAUCAAAGAAACAGAAAAAAAUGGUAGUCAGAUGGAAAAAGUUAAAUAGUAGCGUAGAAUUAUUUCCAAAUAAUCAUUUUUUACAUUUUACCUCAAGUAAUAUAAUACAAGGAUUUAUUGGGGAUUGCUCAUUUAUUGUCGUAUUAUCUUUAUUAUUGGAACAUGAAAAGAAAUUUGAUUCUAAUUUAUUAUCAAGUAUAAUAAGUCCAAUCCAAUUCUCAAUCAAAAAUCAAAAUCAAAGUAGUCAUCAUAUUGAUAAUCAAUCAAUUCAUUGUACCAAUAAUUUCAAUGAAUUGGAUGAUUUAUUGUAUCUUUAUACAUGCAAGUUACUAAUUAAUGGAGUUUGGAGAAAUAUUUUUGUGGAUAGUUUAAUUCCACUUGAUUCUCAAAAUAAUUGCUUAUUAUCUCAUUUUGAUAAUAAUAAAUACUAUGGAAUAACAUUAAUAGAAAAAGCAUAUUUAAAAGUAAUGGCAAAUAGGUAUGAUUCUAUUGAGAGUAAUCCUUCAAUAGAUUUAUAUUAUUUAACAGGAUGGAUACCUGAAACUAUUUCUAUUAAGUCAAAGUAUGAAAAAAAAAAUAAAAACUAUUUUUUAAAGUUAUGGAAUCGUAUUAAAAAACCAAUAAAAAAUGGAUAUUGCUUGAUGGCUUUAGGUACAAAUGAAAUUAAUUCAAAUACUGAAAAUCUUACCAGAUUAAAUGCUACUGAGUCUGAAAGCUAUCAAAAUCAAUUAGUUUAUAAGUUUGGCAAUGAAAUUGAUGAUAAUUCCCAGUCAGAAUAUAAGUUUAUUACAAAAGAGGAGAUUUCUAAAAAGACUGGAUUAGUAACAAAACAUGCAUAUCAAGUUUUAAGAAUUGUUGAAUUAGUGAAUCAAGAAAAUAAUUCUAUUUGGAGAUUAUUGUUAUUGAGAAAUCCAUGGGGAAAAAUUAGUUGGAAAGGUAAAUUCUCAAAAUAUGAUAUAGAAACAUGGAAUAAAGAACUUGAAGAAAUAUUGGAAAAUGAAUUUACAUACAAAGUUAAUCAUGAUAAUGGAAUUUUUUGGAUUGAAUGGAGUGAUAUAUUAAAAUGGUUUUCACAUAUAUAUUUAGCUUGGGAUCCAGAAAAAAUAUCAAAGUAUUUAAAAAAGGUUCAUGGCAAAUGGUCACCAUGUUCACAUAAUUCAAUAUUAAAAGAUGAUUUACAUUUAUUAUAUUUUUAUCCUCAGUAUAAGUUAUCUAUUGAUUGUAAGUUAUUAAACAAGUUAAAGAUGAAUAAUUGUAAUUUAUUUGAUGAAAAGGAAGAUCAAAGUUCAGAUUUUAAUAAAAUUAAUCAAAAAUUAACUCAAUUAAACAUAAAUUACUCAAAAAAACUAAAAUUAAAAUUUGAUUCAAAUAAUUAUCAUGAAAUUGAUGAUCAUUCAAAAAAUAACUUGUUUUCGAAAAUUUGGAAAAAAUCUGAUGUUUUUGAUCAUGAAAAUUUUAGUCAUAUUGGAGAUAUUUGGAUUGUUUUGAAUAGACAUAUAGAUUAUUUGAGAAUGGAUGAAUUUGAUAAUUAUAAUCAAUCAAAUACAAAUAAUAUACCUUUUAUGUCAAUAAGCAUAUUUAGGGGGAGAAAUAGAAUAAUCACUCAAGAGAGAUUGCCAAUAAUACAAGGAAUAUAUAGUAAUGGUAAUGUAAUUAUGUUUAAAACAAACAUUUUUCAAUUAUUGAGAGAAUAUGAUCAUUUUGACUUACAAGAAGAUAAAGAUUUUAUAUUAGUAAUUACUCAAUAUCAAAGUAAUAAAAGUUUUAAUUAUACAUUAAAUAUAUAUAGUAAUGUUGAAAUAAAUAUUAAGUUAUUGGAUAGUUAUUUUCAGAACAUUAUGAAUCCUAUUUAUAAUAAUAAUUAUAAUAAUUAUUCUUUUACAGAAAUUAAUGGUAAAAUUUUGAACUGUAAUUUCAGUGAAAAAUAUUAUAUUAGUUUAUUAAAAAAUUCAAAAUUAAAAUUGACUCCUGCUGUAAGAAAUAAGCAGUUUAAUUCUCAUAAUAUUGCAAGUAAAGUAAAUAUUUUUAAUUCAUCCAGAGCAGAGUUUCAAGAUGAACAAUUUAGACUUUUAAUAUUAUUAGAGAUAAAGGAAAAGUGUAGUAACUUUAAGUUACGACUUUUUCCAGAGACAUUUGAUGAACAAGAUAAAAUCAUCAAAUUAAGUUCUAGUAAUGAUUCAUAUAAUAAUAGUAAUUGCAAAUAUAUUACGUCAAUAUGUAAUAUUGGGAAUUAUUUUAUUCUGAUUGAUUUUAAAGAGAAACAACAAGAUUUUAUUAAAGGUAACUUUUUUAAACUUGUCAUUUAUUAUCAAAAAAUUUAA